UCAACAUGCUGUCAUUACACUAUUAUUUACAUUCCCUACUGUUAGUUUCCAUUCUAAGAGGGGUCAGCUGUGAAAAUCUCACUGCAUUACAGAAAGAAGAGUUCAGUCCAGAAGGCAGCUCUGUUACUCUGUCCUACAGAUACUCCAAGGUUGCUGAAUUGGAUGAUUAUUUCUUCUGGUAUCGACAAUAUCCAGGAAAACCACCAGAGUUCAUCAUCUAUCAUUUAGGAAAUGGACACAUUAUGAAUAAUCCAAUCCCUGGACUGAAUAUUACAGUGGAGUCAAACCAAAUCAAUCUGAGCAUCUCCUCUGCUGCAGUGACAGACUCUGCUGUGUUCUACUGUGCUGUGAGGCCCACAGUGACAGGAAACACCAACACUCUGUACACAAACACCAGCAGGGCCACAUUAUCAAGUAGGCGGUGCACGUCUUCUGCACUGUGUUCAACCAUCCAGUCAAUAAGAAGUGCUGCUGUGAAGAGAACCAUCCUCACACUGAAUGCUGAACAUCAGCUACUUCCUGCUGCUGAUUUAAACCUUGUUGUAGAGAUGGAACAUUGGCUGUGGAUUAUUCUUGCUGCUCUCUCCUUUGAGUGUAAAGGACAAGACACAGUGACCCAGCCAGCAGGAGAUGUCAGCGCUACUGAAGGAGACACAGUUACACUUGGCUGCACAUAUCAGACAACUGACACAUAUCCCUAUCUGUUCUGGUACAAACAAGAAGUCAAUGGUUACCCAAAGUACAUGCUGAAGCGUUUCUCAGGAGGUCGAGAUAAAGCUGCAGAGUUCAAGGAAGACAGAUUUGAUGCUACACUCAACAAGACAUCAGUUCCUCUGCAGAUCUCCUCUGCUGCAGUGACAGACUCUGCUGUGUACUACUGUGCUCUGAAGCCCACAGUGACAGGAAACACCACAACUCUGUACAAAAACCUCUGGAGCAAAGACAACACAAUACUGCACAGCAUCCACCAGAGGGAGUCUCUCUCUGUCAGACUUCAGCAGUUUGUGAUGAUACAGUAA